GAGUUUCAUGAGUUUGUCUUGAACUUCACGAGCUGCAUCAGUUCUGUAGUUUCCUUCCAGCAUGCUCCCGUCGAUAACCUGUUCGCGUACUCUCCUGGGGGUUUUCUCGAGGCUCUCCCUAACAGCUCCAGCACAAGCCGCCCGCUCCUUCUCAUAUACCUCUUCGCGGUCAUAUGCCGACCUCUUGGACAUACCUGCAACACCACCACUUGAACCACCGCUUCCUGCAGAUGCGUAUCAGAAGUCAGCUUUCGAAGGAGAUAAAUUCCCAAAGGAGGGUGCUUUGCGACCGCAUCUGAACAUCAAAACCAACCCGAAUCACGGAUUGUAUGGGUUCUUUAGGAAGACUGAGGGUCCGAACGGGGAGACGAAGUAUGAGACUAUCGAGGUUAUACUUCCCGAGGGUAUGGAACCUGGUCGGUCAUGGAGCGCGGCAGAGUUGCGUCGCAAAAGCUUCCAAGACUUGCAUACUUUGUGGUAUGUUCUUCUACGGGAACGGAACCUGUGGGCAACGCAAAGAGAGGAGGGGCGUAGGCUGAGCAUUGGUAUUCAUGCACUUCGAGGGUCUACGAGAUCACACGUCGUCCGAAAAUCUAUGGCCCGUAUUAAAUACAUCCUCAAUGAACGUCGGCUUGCAUACGAAGGCGCGUUGAAGCUGCAUGCAGAGAAACGGGAAAAGAUCCUGGCUAAAGAAGCCGCGCGAAAACAACGAGAGGAACAAGCUAAAGCUCGGGAAAUUGCUGCAGCCGCUGCUGAGGCACAACCGAAAGUUGCGGAAGAAGGCAAAGCUGCGAGUUUGGCUGCUGGAGGGUUGUUUGAUAAUGCACAGGCGGCGCAGGGAACUGGAUCUCCUUCUGAUUCAUAGGCGAAGGAUGUAGUGAUAACACUUCCCGGCUAGCCUACAUUGCUUGCAGGUUUUAUGAAGUGCAAGAUGGGUAUCGCUGUAUAUUAAAUACAUGUAGGGCGCAAUCUAGACAGGUAGCGUACAUUACUCACGACUAUUUCAUUGCUUCCGAGUAUGAUGAUGCAUUAUGAGGCACUGUGCUGUUGGGCUCUUCGUCUAUCCCGCUCAUUCCACUCGUACAUUUCUUUGCUGACCCAGC